AUGGCACAUAUGAGGACUCAGAUAGAUUUGCUCACAAAGCACAUUGUCGUCAAGUAUGAAAAGGUGAAUGCUGUAGGACAACAAAACAUGUAUGAGGAUCAGGAUCUUGACCUUGAUGAGGAAGCUAACUACUUGGGGAAUCAAGGGGGUUUCCAGAAUUAUAACUCUAAAAAUCAGGGUUACAAUUCUGGAAAUGUAGGUCGAAGCUAUGCGAGGGAUGGUAAUAGAGACCGGGAAAGUGGUAGCUCUAGUGGGUCUAAGCUGGAAGACAUGAUGGCUAGAGUACUCCAGAAGGUUGAAUCAACUGAUGCUGGGGUAGAUGACUUGGAGGAUCUUCAGACUAAAGCACCACCUGUGAGAGGAAAAAGGAAAGAGGUCCAGGAAGACAUGCCUUUACAGCAAAUUCCCAAGCCACCUCCUCCUUUCCCUCACAGGUUCAAAAAGAAAGCCAAAGACGGGAAGUUUACAAAGUUCAUCACCAUGUUAAAGCAACUUUCAGUAAAUAUACCGCUGGUGGAAGUUCUGGAGAAGAUGCCAGGAUAUGCCAAGUUCACGAAGGACUUGGUUACCAAGAAAAGAGCUGUAAGUCUUGAUUUUACUAAUGAUGUUCAUCAUUGCAGCGCCAUUGCUACCAGAUCUCUGGUUAAAAAAGAAGAAGACCCAGGUGCAUUCACUAUUCCAUGCACCAUCGGGUCAAUCAGCUUUGCAAAAUCGUUAUGUGAUCUAGGAGCCAGCAUCAACUUGAUUCCACUAGCCAUCUACAAGAAACUGGGAUUGGGAGUUACAAGACUCACACCAAUGAGGUUGAUGAUGGCUGAUAGGUCAGUUAAGCGGCCCGUGGGAGUCCUAUGUGAUGAACUUGUGAGGGUGGACACCUUCAUUUUUCCGGCUGACUUCGUGAUCUUAGAUUGCGAGGUGGACUUUGAGGUCCCCAUCAUUUCGGGAAGAUCAUUUUUGGCAACAGGGAGAGCCUUGGUAGAUGUUGAGAGAGGUGAGCUGAAGUUCAGACUUAAUAAGGAUGAGGUAAAAUUCAAUAUUUGCAGGUCAAUGAAGCAACCCAAUGAUAUGAAUGUAAUAUCUGCAAUAGAGGUGGUUGCUGAUGAGGACAUGAAGGUACCCAUAGAAGAGAGGAUGGCGGUUGAAACAUUAGCAGCAGUUCUGAUGAACUUUGAUGAUGAUUUCCGGUCUGACUAUGUAGAGACCGUGAAUGCUUUGCAUGGAAUGGGAGCACACUCGUUUGCUCCAAAGAAACUGGACUUGGACUUGAAAAACAGGUCAAGCCCUCCAGUAAAACCAUCCACUGAGGAGCCACCGGUGCUAGAGUUGAAGCAGUUACCUAAUCACCUCAGAUAUGUAUUUUUAGGGACUACUAACACUCUACCUAUGAUUUUAGCUGCAGAUUUAAAUGAAGAGCAGGUGAAAGAGGUGAUCACGGUGUUGAGAAGGUACAAAAGGGCCAUUGGGUGGACCAUUGCUGAUAUAAUUGGAAUACCUCCGGGUAUAUGCACCCAUAAGAUUCAACUUAAGGUGGAUUGCAACCCAAGCAUUGAACACCAACGGAGGCUAAACCCACCUAUGCAAGAGGUGGUUAAGAAAGAGAUAAUCAAAUGGUUUGAUGUUGGGGUGGUUUAUCCCAUUUCUGACAGUCACUGGGUUAGUCCAGUGCAAUGUGUGCCUAAAAAGGGCGGUAUGACUGUGGUGGCAAAUGCCAAAAAUGAAUUCGUCCCACAAAGACCAGUCAUUGGAUAA